UUUCAACGUAAGUUGUACAUCAAAACCACCUUCAGGCGGCAUACAUUAUUUGAUGAAGAAACUAUAUGUCGAUGGAUUUAAUAGGUCGUGAGCGUUCGCGUGUCUUUUUUGAAUUUACACAACACUCAAUAUUGUGCCGCUUUUGAUGCCUGUAAAAACGAAAAUAAAAUCCUACCUACUUGUUUGCUUUCUGCGAAACCAUUUAUUUUUUUGAGAACAAACGCUAACGCACGCCGGCGCUUCCAUUGUCUAUAUAUCAAUCAGUACCUCUCAACGUCCGGAGAAUGAAAAUGCCGUCGGCUAUCACGACCACUAGAUCAGCAGUGACUGAUCGAGACGACACGCAGCAACGUUGCACCGCCGUCUUGAACAAAGCGCGAAAACGACAUCAAAACUACGCAAAAAUGCGACAGAGCAAUCGCCGGCCAGCGUCUCUUCCUCUUGUUAUGGCCGCAGCAGGAGCACUGUCGUCCCUACCUGUUUUGAUGUUCCCAAGCGCAAGCGCAAUAUCGCUACGACCGCUGAAGCCGGUGCUUCAGCAACAGCUUCAGACUGACAAGAUCAAGAGUGCUACAAACACGAUCCCUGCUGUUGAUGCUGUUGAAAAUGACGAGUCGCACUUGUUUGAGGAUUGCCUGGACGAAGAUGUUGAUGCCAGAGCAGCAUGCGCUAGUACUCCUGCUCGAGAGAAAAACAACGACCUUGAUGUGAGCAGCCCCUCCAGCCCGGUCUCCAGUCAACAGUCGGACGAAAUGCCGACAGACACCGAAGACCAGCAAAACGACGGUCAUGCUAUGAACGACUACCUCCUUCGUCGAAGAGAUUCCAAGACCUCCAUCGGAGGUAGCUCAACAGCCACUACUGGGACGACGCUUGGCGGCGGUGUUUUCAGCAUGUUGAAACGUGUUGUUGCGCAAGACAUCAACACGGAUGCCACGACGAGAACGAGAUCGUUUGGCGGAACGAAAGGCAGUGAUGCGAUGUCUGAUUCUACUUCCGAAGACGAGGGCAUUAACCAAUCGUCUCCGUCGUUCAGCAACAGCACGCACGAAGGAGAGGGUGGUGCACGUCUUCAAGACUUCGCUGGCGAGGACUCCGAGGACGAGGAGGACCUCUUCUUCGACGGUGCAUAUAUCAAACAACUUGAAGAACAGAAGCAAGAGCAGCUCCGACGCGACCGGGAAGUAGAUCCAGACCAGCUGGAAUCCUUCGAUGGGUUGUUUUUGCAACAGCAUGAAAAACAAGUACGGGAACAACGAGUAGAGAGGUUGCAACAGUGGUUGGAGGAUUGCAGAACACGAGUUGGUGUGGCCGGAGCAAGAGACAGGGACGAAGAGGGUAGUAGCACCAAUAGCACAUCCACGAGAAGCAGCACCUCACCCUCCGCCGAGGACCCGCGGCACGUUGACGAUGGCUGCUCCAGCAGCGCUUUUCAAAAUGGUUUGUCCAAAAAAGAUCACUCUUUUCUCGAGUGGUACUUCCACCACGGCGGGAGUUAUCACAGGAAAAAGUGCUAACGUUUACGGAAUUUGAUAUGCGGCAAUGCAUCACAAUCACAAAACGUGCCCAAAUUUGUCAUGCAUAGCAUGCAUACUAGGCUGAAUUUGUGAAGCAUGGAUGCAUUCUGUGAAAACCGUAAACGUUAAAACUUUUCUUUGUGAUAGAAGUGACAGCGAAAUGAUGCAAACCAUCUUUGAACAGCAAAGAGAAACGGCCCGCGAAGACUGGCAAAGAUCAUUGGCGAGGAAGCAACUUUUGAACAGGAAACGGCUUGUGAAGUGGUGCGCGGGGCUCGGCGUGUUGGCGGCUUCGUGCGGUGCGAUACAGAGCGUCGUAGGUGGGUGUUCUCCGCAAUAGGAGCGGUUGCGGGGAAUGGAGCAUCUCCCUGUCUAAUAUUACGAUGAAAUAAAUCUCUACUAACUGUAUACAAAUAUUUUUUCUGGAUUUGUUUCGACACAUGAUGUUCCACCCGCUUGCAAUAUGUUCAACGAGAAUUAUAUAUCCCUUGUGGUCAUAUUGUCUUUUCGUGUGACUGGUGCGGGACAAAGGAAUACAACCAAUAUUGCAAAUCUUAAUCUCCGAGUUGUAUUGUCCGUGCAAAAAGAAUACAGCCUGAUGAAGUUUCUUUGCGAAUGCAAUUUUUCCAUGAUUUCCAUGAAUAUUGCGUCGUUUCGCGGCCACGAGACCAGCAGGCAACAUUGCAUUUGGUGUUUUCUAACUUGUUCUCGAUAUCGACAAUUUUCAUGAUUUUUUUUUUGACAACUUUCGAGCUUUUAUUUUGCUGAUUUUUUUGGAGACGAUAGACAACACCUAAAUGCCCACCUAGUAGCUUUAUUAGCCCAGCAAAGGAGCAAAGAACAUCUGUGAUCCCGAUCAAACGGCAGCCUUUUCCUUUUGUUGUUUGAACACAGCGACUUCGAUAUGUUGUAUGAUUAUCGAAUAGAAGCCGCGGCCAGCACAGUUGUACACAGCCUCAGCCUAUUUUUCACUUUCGCACUCCACAUGAUGAAGUAAAAUCUUUGUAAAAUGUCCGUGUUUCGCAUUCGCUCGUAAGAAGCUAACAUACGCCAGUAGAACGAUGUAGAAUUACACACCACAAAGGAAAACUAAAAAACACACGAGAACUUCGCAAACAGCCACUGUCACUGAUCUUCAAAAUGUAGAAUCAACAGGGGCAUCAGGCUUUUUACAAGCAGCGCCGCACAAUAUACUGAUUUCGUUAACGAAAAAAUAGCGUCUAAGAAAACGACCUUUGGCUCGUCCAUACAUUCCGCUUGUGAAGACCGCAGUGCGCAGGCAUUGUUCUCGUUUCCGC